GAAAAGUCAGCUGAAUAGUGCUUUGUUAUUUAUUUAUCCUGGAAAAUUAGUUUUAAGAGAUUUGCGUUAAAUGUUCCAUUAUUUGAUAUUAACCAAAAUUAUUUUACUUCUUAAAAUCCACGGGAUGUAGUGAUCUGUAUUGUGCUUGUUAUAUUUAAGUAUUUAAAAUUAUAAAAUGAUGUUUGGAAGACCGAGAUGUAGAGAAUGGACCCCACUAGCUACUCAACAACUUCGUUUAAGGAGCCUAAUCCAGAUUGUUGGCUACAAUAUACGUCCUCCGGAGUGGUGUACACAUCAAUGCAGCUACUAUCUGACUCUCCAUCACACAACUAUGUCCGCUCCUUUCUACACUAGUGAGAGGAUAUCAUCCCCUCAUCCUAAAUGGAAAGAAAUUGAUCCAGAAAUAACUCAACGUAUGUCUUCUAGUAACGUUGUUAUCCGGAUAUGGUGCCACAUUCUCUUGCCGAGUAAUAGCGAAGAAAAAUCAGACAAUCUUCAAGACACGGUCAUUCAAACGUGGGGAGUAUAUUUUACAGGUCUCAGAUAUAUCGGAGCCAAUCUAGCUUUAAAUUUCACAUCAGAUUGCUUCAAAAGUAACACCCUAGUAUUUCAAAUGCAAGGUGGUUACUUCUGUUCGUAUAAAAGUCUCAAAUUGGAUGUAAUACCUCCAGAGAACGAAGUAGAACACGGUUCACUGUCAUCAGACUCAUCAGGCAAAACUAAUCUAUAUAAAAAUGUAAUUGAACCCAAAUUUAUACAGAAUCAUAGAUUAAUUAAAGAAUCUAGAUCUAUUUCACCUAGUAGACACACUAAAGUUAGUGAUAAAGAGUACUCAAAAAGUCAUAGCCCCGUUGAUAGAGGUUUUAAGCAGAAUUUUCCAACAAUAAAAACAUCCGCCAGCCUAAACACAUCCAUAAAUCAUCUAGAUUGUUCUAAAAGUAGAGAGAACAGUAGUGAAAGGAAACGUAACGAACAAAUACAAAUAUACGAGCAUUCGCCCGAACAUUUAGAAGUAAAAGUCAGUGAUACGAACUGUGAUACUAUUAAAAAUACUUCCCAAGAGGACUUGAGUAACAGCAGAAUUGAUUUAAGUGAAACUGCUGAGAGUUACGAUUUAAGAAACGAAUCGGAUGGUGAACCUAAAUCUAGAUAUUUGGCUUUAAAUUUCCUCAAAUCAGAAAUACGACCGAGCUACAAUGCCAGUAAAUUACAAAAGCUCCAUCUUUUACAAUACUCGAUAAAGAAAAGGCAAGAGGCUGUUCAAGAAAUUAAGGAGAGAAUAUACAAAAAGUCUGCUUUAACAGAUGAGAAUUGGGUCCAAACGAACGAUCAAUAUGAGCUAAGACAAAGAAAGAGUAGAUCACAGAGGAAUUUAUUUUCCGCUGAUGAGAAUAUUUUCGAUAGAGAGAGAUCAUCUUCUCAUAGCGACUUGAGCAUCAAAAACGGAAAGAUUAAAGAAGAAAGACCGGUUUCUAAUGGACCAAGACUCGCCUUAAAACUGAAUGACCUUUUGUCUUUUAAGUCAAAACCUUCUCCCUUCCAAAGAGCAGAACAUGUGAGACUAACGAAGCAGUUAGAAAUUCUUCGCUUCAAGCGAAUAAUCCUAUCCGACGAGCGAGACAGCAAACUCGCGAAUAUAAGAAGACUGAAAGAGAAGCAUAGCAAGUUGUUUGAGGAGAAUCAAGAUAUCGGUUCGGAAUUAAUGGAGAACUAUCACACACUAUCGCGACGUAACGAGGUACUGAAGGAGACGCGUCAAUCUUGUGCGGCAUUACGAGAGCUGGCCGCACGCAGUCAUGCUGCAUUGGCCAGUAGACGAUGCGAUCUGCUCACUCAGUUGCAUCAGAUAUUUUAUAUUGAACAGAACGAAACAUGGCACAUAAUUGGCGUACAAUUGCCGAUCUGUGAUGAUGAGAGUCCGCGCAGUAACGCGCUCAGUGACGCAGUAGCUGCUGGCUACGUCGCGCAGUUGACUACUCUAGCAGCUGCUGUGCUCGGUCAGCCGCUGCGCUACAAGAUCAUACUGCUGGGAUCCGCUAGUAAGAUACUGGACAUCAUGCCAGAUCUACCAGAUCCUAAUAUACCGUUGUUCGCUAGAGGUGGUGACGUCACACUAUUCCGUUACGGCAUGUUCUUACUGAACAAAUGCAUAGCUCAGUUGCUGUGGGGCAGAGGGUUGUCAGUCACAGACAUGAGACCGACGCUCAGCAAUCUGCAACGAUUGCUGAUUACACCGAGUAAUCUUUCGGAUACAUCCAAACUAUUUGGUACAUAUCGGUGGUUAGCGGACAGUGAAUGUCCAAGAACGCAAUCAUUACGGAGUCUGGUUGCCUCAGAAAGAGGGAAAUAUCGACCGUUCAAUCGUUUCAAGGAGACUGUGGAUGUUCAAUCUCACUCUAUGAACAUACGAAGACAUAAACAUUCUCGUAGUGUUGGCAGUUGUCAAGAUGAUCAGGAUUUAUCUAUUUUAGCGUCAACAACUUCAAUAAUGGGCAGCGAUUCCAAUAUUUAUAAUAUGAAAUUAAAUCAAACAGAUCCUCAAACCAGUCAAAAUUGUCUCAAAUCUCAUAAUUCAGAUUCAGAAAUUUCUAGAAUGUCAACAGAAGAACGCGUAGUUCAAUCUAAUUCUAGUAACGUUGUUUUCACUUUAGGAGACACAUCAAUUGAUAUAGAAAGUGAGAAAUUAGUUAAAAUAUCAAUAAACAAUGAUGACGAAUGGAAUAACUCCGUCGAUGAGAAUGUCAAAAGGAUAUGUACAGAAAUAAAAGAUUUCUGUUCAAACAGAACUGAAAAUAUAGGUACAGAGAUAGAUAGAACUGACGCAAAUAGAGUGGACGAAGAUUUAAAUAGAGAGGCAAUAGCUAAAUGUAUUGAAAGAAAAGCUAAAGAUAUAGAAGAUGAUAUAGCUAUCUCUUGUGAUACAUGUGAGAACAACAGAGACGGAACAUGUGAUAUGGCUUGUGCUAAUAAUAUUAGAGAGGUUAUAGUUAUACCUAGUGCUGAGGCAAUACUAGACACAGGUCAAAAUGAGACAAGCAAUGAUAAAUAUAAUGAUUGUGACGUACAAUAAUUAUAAAUAAUACAAACAGUAAACUAUGAUUAGCAAGAAAUGACAAUGAUUUCUUUUAGCACUUUUAUAUUGUUUAAUUUACUGAACUAACGUAUUCAGUCACAUUAAACAAAUGUGAAAUUUUCCAGCUUAA